GUUUGGCCCCACCGGAAACUGUCGCUCAAGGUGUGGACAUUCACCGAUGACACCCAAUUAUCGAAGCUUGCGACCUUGUUUGAUCAUUCAACCUUGACGACACGACCUCUCCCAGUCGCAGCGCGUGCGUAAAUUGAUUUUUCCUGUCCCCAUUUAACUUUUUUCACAAACUACGCGCUGCGAACCGAGUGUCAGAACAACACCGUCAAGAUGCCCUACUACUCCAAAUCAGAAGACUGGCUGCAUCACUCCUCCCUCUUGCUCGCCGCUCGACCUACCACCACAAGAAUAUCAACAAAUUACCACCUCUCCCCCGCCCGCCGAACCCCCAAGUCUGCCACGCCCGAGCGGGUAGUUGAGGAUGAGAAGAGGGGAAAGAGGGGACACUUGGUGAUCACGACGUUUGACCCAAAGAGCGGGGUUAGUCUCAAGUACAAGACUAGCAAGGCGCAGGAGGUGGGGAGGUUGGUGCAGAUGCUUGGAACGUUGGCGGGGAGGGCGGCUGGGAGGGAGGAAGAAAGGGGGGUGAAGAAGGAGGAGGGGGAUGUGGAGAUGGGGGAGGCGGCGGCGGACGGGGGAGCUGGGGAGGGACAGGGGAGUGGGAUUGCUAUGCCGGUUGUGGCUGCUGCUGAGAAGCAAGUACCGCAGGUGGGAGGGGCAGGUGGUGGUGGGGGGAAGAAGAAGAAGAAGGGGAAGAGGUAA